CAGCACCGCCGUCGCCUCCCUGUCUCACCCGUUCUGGCGCCGCCGUCCGCUCCCCGCCGCCGCUGCCGCCUUCAGGAGCCCCCCGCCGCACGCUCGUCGUACUGAUAAAGUGGGGAAAAUAGUGCGGGGGUGGGGAGAGAGAGCCAAACCCUAGCGUGCCGAAUCCAAUCCACCAAUGUCGCCGCCGGCGGGCGAUUGUCCCUUGAGCCAUUGUUGCCGCUGGAGGGAGCUGUGUUCACCGCAAAUACCUCGGGUCUUCCCCGGCCGGGAGUACGUCUCCGUGCCGGCCGACGCGGACAACAGCCCGGCGUGGUCGGUUCUGGUUGGCAUCAUGGCAACGUCCGGGGGCAGCCGGUCGCUACGCCUGCACCGGUUCCGCGUCGCGCGCUCCGGCCGCGUCCUCUGCGGCGGUUCCCUGGAGAUGUUGGGCGAUGACUACUGCAAAGCCGAGAUCCCAAAGUCACACGUCCGCGCUGCCACCGCCACGCGGAGCCCAGGCGGCCGCUCCCUCUCGCUCUGUUUCUUCUCUCGGGAAAUCGACUUCUCCGAUCCCGUCAGCAAAAUCGCCCCUCCCAUCCCCCUGCAAAUGCUUGUGGACGUCGGCGGCGACAACGGCAGGGGUAUUACUGUGUCGCGCCUGCCUGGCCUUCCGCCAGAAGUAGGGCCCCUCAUGCCGAUCUGCCCCAUCUCAGCGGCCGGCGAUAUCUGGGCACCGUACCUGACGGAAGUUUAUGGCCAAUCCAGCCUCGUGAUGCUAUGCAUGGACAAGGCUGCCGGCAAGUGGGUGAAGGUCGGCACCCUCGAGUUGAAACGCCCCCCACUGAGCGGUGACAUGCUCGACGAUUUCAUCCCUGCCUUCCAAGGGCAUGUGGUGGUUGGGGAGACCAUCUUGUUGUCACUCUGGCCAUUUCACCACUUCUACACCUUCAAUUGCAACACCCGAGCUUGGGCUAAAGUUGUCACCACCAGGGAAGAAUGUAUGUAUGUUCCAAUCCGCGAACAUGGUGUGUACGUGGAGGAAGAUGACGCCAUCUACUUCCUCAGUGGCGCUGUUGUUUAUUUCUACAAGCUGUUCAAGGAUACCCAGAAUAGGUGUCGGAUGGCGCCGCCUACCGAAGUUUCUCUUCUUUGUCCUUUCAGCUCUGAAGGAUAUGGGUUCCUCUCAUAUCUUGGUGGUCGGGUCAUGUGCUCUGUCUGGAUCGGCGUGAGGCUCCCUUGCCAUUGCGGCACUAAGCAUGUGCUUAUAACCACAUUUCGAGUCAAGGGUGACAAGGGUGUUGAAGUCUUGCAUUCCACCUGCCGCCAGUUGGACAUGGUGCCAAGCAAGCCUGUUGAAUCCUAUCUCGAGUUCAGCUUUCUACAGGAGUACGAGGAGUUCGAUCAUGAGAGAGUAACACCCACUGCAAAAUUGAGAGAGAAUGCUAUGGUAUCCUCAACGCCGCCGGAUGACAUGGAAAUUCCGGCCAGCUCCAACGUGGGCAAGUCCUCCAGUAUGCUUGCUUGUUGCAGGGAGUUCUUGAAUGGAACACCAUUGUCAGGUACUGUUAUGCUUCAGAUAUCUGCUAUCCGAUCCAACAGAACAUUAUAUAUUAUUUGCCAAGCUGCUUCUCGUUCAACUGUGUAUGAGAUCAAUAUCUUGGAUGGAAGAUUGGCGUGCCAUGACAAGACUCUCACACCACAUUGCAUUCUGGAGACACCUAUGCCCCAUUUCGAGGAUGCUAUCGAGGGUGAUAUACUGUAUCUGCUUGACAGACCAUGGCAUUUUCUUUGUGACAGUAGAUCAAUAUAUGCUGUCCCAUCUGUAGAGGAUAAAAUUUAUUCUUGUCGCUUCAAUCAGGGCAUUUCUUCUCGCUUCAAUCUGGGCAUCAUCAAUCACAUUGAUUCAACAUGGCCUAUUGGUGUUGCAUUCCGCCUUGUAGUUCGACUUGGUAUCAAGCUUGUUGCUAUAAGUGAUACUCUCCGUGACGUCUAUCAUUUCUUCGAAGGCAUAUGGAUGCAUCAUGAGACAUUUGGGCCUCCUGUUCUAGAUACGGAGGUUAGCCUGUCUGGAUAUGUGGUCUUGAGUCCCACCACCUUUAUGGUUUCUGAUGCCAAGACAAAUCGCUGCUUUCUGUAUGACUUAUUUUUUGACAGUUGGAGCCUUGUCAUGCCAUUUGUUGAGUCAGAACUUCUACCAAGUGAUUGGCCUAGAAUGGCUUUUCUGAGUGACAGAUGUGUAUUUGCUAAGGGUUUUAUUUACACUUGCUCACAUGGGGGACUUGCUGCAUAUGAGUUAGUUCAACAGGCUGAUUCUUAUUACCUGGGCGAGCGGGUUGAUUUGAAGUUAUCGUGGUGUAAGUAUUGGGAGCGCUACCAAAUGUGAUUGGAGUAUAUUGGUGAAGACACAAACUCUGGUGCCAUUAUGUUUUGUGUGAUGAAAGGUGAUUAUAUAUCUCAGCCUGGUUAUCCAUACAAUGAAGGGCCUAUACGUAUCACUACUGUCCAAGUGAAGACUGAGGAAAUGCCCAAUGGUAAACUCAAACCAAAAACAAUUGGCCACGUGGAUAUUGGCACGGCCUUUGUGGAGUCGAGUGGAGGGUCAACUUGGACCCGAGAUUGCUUUGCAGCUGCUUGUUAUUGAGCCUGAUGCUCGCUAUAACUUAUGCACUGAAAUUGCGUUGUAUGUAGUAUUAAUUUAUAACUUGCCAUUGCAUCAUGAAACUCGACUAAGAUGCAGUGAGGAUGUUUUGAAACAUGCGACCUCCGGGCAUAUGGUUGUUAAAUGUGGAUCUUUGACUUGACUCUGAGGAGAAAACUUCUGAAAAUAUUCUGUCUUUGUUCA